AUGGAAUCCCAGUGGCGGCUGGAGUUGCGCGCGCGGCUGCCAGUCUCCUGGGGCCUGCGGUGCAUGCAGUGCGAGAUGAGUGGGCUCUGCCACCAGGCCGAGUGCGCCCCCGGCGAGGGGCUCUGCAGGACCACCGUCAUAAGCACGUGGGAAGGGGGUGAAGAGCAGGAAGUGGUGGUGAGAGGAUGUGCCCACCCGGAGAAGACCACCAGAUCCAUGAGCUACCGAACAGGUUCCCAAAUCAUCACGCUCACAGAGACGGUGUGUGAAUCAGACCUGUGCAACCGGCCCAGCCCUAAGCGGGGCGCUUUCUUCCCCCGAAGCCGUUACCUCGAGUGUGUGUCCUGUGCCUCCUCGGACCUGAGCUGCGAGAGGGGCCGGGAUCAGAGCCUGCAGUGUCGCAACCCGAGAGAGGAGUGCGUGGAGGUGGUGACCCACCAGGACUUCGAAGAGAGUCCGGGGGAUGAGCGCCACAUCCGGGGCUGUGGCUUCCUCCCUGGAUGCCCAGGCCCCACUGGUUUCCACAACAACCACACGUUCCACUUCCUGCGAUGCUGUAACACCACCAAAUGCAACCGGGGUCCAGUCCUGGAGCUUCAGAACUUGCCCCCAAAUGACGUCCAGUGUUACAGCUGCGAGGGAAACAGCACCCACGGGUGUUCUUCGGAAGAAGCCUCCCUCGUCACCUGCCGGGGCCCCAUGACUCAAUGUCUGGAAGCCACGGGCUCUCAUGCGCUGGGGACCCCCGACUACACCGUGAGAGGCUGUGCUACCCCCUCGUGGUGCCAAGGUCUCCACACAGCCGAGGCCUUCAGACUGACCUAUCUCAAUGUCUCCUGCUGUUCGGAAAACGGCUGUAACCACCCAGCCCGGGAUACUCAGCCCCGCAUGGGGAGCGCCCCCCGGCCUGGCUCUGCUCCCCUCAGCCUCACCGUCACCCUGCUUCUGACCGCAAGACUGUGGGGUGGCAUUGUCCUCUGGACCUGAGCCCAGAAGUGCACGCCUCACCUUCCCUGGCUGGAUCCAGGGAAACUCCCCUCCGCUCCCAGUCCAGCAGACUUGCUGUGUCACCUCGGGCCAGUGUGCUGCCCUCUCUGGGCCUGUUUCCCCAGGGGUCAGAAACGCCUACCUCACAUUGAGUUGUCAGGAGAACCAGAGGAGACGAGCUGGAAAGAGGCAAGCCCUCGUUAUGAUUAUUUGUAUUG